CUGUCUUCUGGGCUAGGUGAUCUGGAGGACUGCUCUUUUCUGGGUGAGUUGCUUCAGUGUGACCGUGACUCACUGUGGUCCCUGGAAGUUGCUCUCCCAGAGGCUAGCCUGGGAGGUGGGGGCGGUGCCACCCUUGCUCCACACAGUCCUCCCACCCAGGCAUGGGGGGGCGGACACAGCUGGCCAGGUCGUCUCCCUUCCCAGUGGAGGGGUUGUCUCAUCCUGCAGCCUGAGACCCUUCCUUCACACAGUCCCUCUGCCUCCUCCCCCUUCCCACAACUGGGUGGGGGUGAGUGGGCAGGGGGCAGGCGCAGCCGGCUGAGGAGCCUGAUGAUUUCCUGCCCUCACCACAGCUUCCUGUCGCACGCGGGUGGUGAGGAGGAGAAGAGGCAGGCGGGGAGCAAGAGAGGGGCAGGUACAGCUGGGCACAGGGAUCGCGCGUCUGGUAGCUGGGGCACAGGCCCCAGCUCAGGCUCUGAGCCUAGAAACUGCCGGCCCUGAUCUCACACUCAGUCCAGCAAGGAAGUGUGGGGGUCGUUGAGCCCCAAAGGAGGACGCAGCUGCCUGCCGCCGCCGGAUCCCAGGCUGGGGCGCGCUCAGUCCCACACCCCUGCUGCCGCUCCGCCUGGAGGGGCCGCAGCGCGGCAGGGUCUGGGGCAGGUGCUCUGCAGAUGGAAGCAGACACUCUGAGCCCCCUGGAGCUGGGCCUCCUGCUGCUGCCCCUCUUGGUCACGCUCCUGGCUGCCCUGUGUGUGCGCUGCCGUGAGCUGCCAGCCUCCUAUGAGAGUGCCUCCACAGAAAGUUUGUACCCAAGGAGCAUCUUCAUCAAGCCACCUCAAAUAACCGUCCCCCGAACAACUGCCACUUCCUACCCUCUUGUUACUUCCUUCCCACCCCUGAGGCAGCCAGACCUGCUCCCCAUUCCGAGAUCCCCACAGCCCCUUGGGGGUUCCCAUCGGAUGCCAUCUUCCCGGCGAGAUUCAGAGGAUGCCAACAGUGUGGCGAGCUACGAGAACCAGGAGCCAGCCUGUGAGAAUGUGGAUGAAGAUGAGGACGAGGACGACUAUCCCAAUGAGGGCUACCUAGAGGUGCUCCCUGACAGCACCCCUGCGGCCGUUCCUGUGGUCUCCUCUGCUCCUGUGCCCAGCAACCCUGGCCUCCGAGACAGCGCCUUCUCCAUGGAGUCGGGUGAAGAUUACGUGAACGUCCCCGAGAGCGAGGAGAGUGCAGAAGCGUCUCUGGAUGGGAGCCGGGAGUAUGUGAAUGUGUCCCAGGAGCUGCAGCCAGUGACCGGGGCUGAGCUGGCCACCCUGAAGUCCCAGGAGGUGGAAGAUGAAGAAGAGGAAGGAGUGGAGGGAGAGGAAGCUCCCGAUUAUGAGAAUCUGCAGGAACUUAACUGAGAGCCUGCUGCAGCCAUCUGUCCUGGAACUAGCCUUGCUGGGAGGGCAGAACGGGGCAGCUGGAAGUAACUCCAAGAGAGUCCCAUUUGAGCUCUGCCUUGUCAACAGUCUGAGAAUCCCCCUAACUUAUUGUCACUUUGGGGACCAAUCUGUGUCCCCGGUAUUCUGCAUCUUCUGACGAAGCCUGAGAAUGAAUCUAGUUCCUGCUUGACUCUGUCAUGGAAUAAAGGCCGUGAUGGCCCAAAGUC